AUGGCACCAAGCAAAACCGCGACGGAUCCCGGCAGACCGUUAAGUGACAUCAUAUAUGUAUCAACGGAACCUUUGAACGAUUCAUCGCAGAAUGAGAAGGACAAUGAACAUUUGGACGGGGACGGUGGAAGUGGCACUAAUCACUCUGUGAGGGGGAUUAGGAACGGAGAGGAGCCGAUGCUGGCGGAUCCCUCGUCGAUUAGACUGGGGAAAUAUAAUAUUCCUCCCAGUGUGUCGGGGCCGGUGGGUGCAUUGCUUAUUGCUGUAGUUGCUCUGCUUCUUACCUUUACAACGCCGGCGGUGAAUGCAAAUCCGAAACCGUGGAACAUCAUCUCGUCGUGUAUUGGCUGGGUUUACUUCUUGGCGUGGGGAGUGUCCUUCUUGCCACAGUUGUAUUUCAACAUGCGUCGGGGGAGUGUUGUGGGGCAAAGUUUUGAGUUUGUUUGCCUGAACAUCUUGGGUUUCACGUGCUACGCGGUGUAUACGCUGUGUUUCUACUCUAACGACGCCGUAAAGCACAUGUACCAGGAUCGCUACAAUGGGUCAUCUAACACCGUCGCUUUGAACGAUGUUGUGUUUGCGGUCUACGCAUUGGCAUGCUGCCUCGUGAAUGGCGUGCAGAUUAUCUUUUUGGACCGUGGCAGCCAGACGUUGAGCCUCAUCGUGGCCGUCCUCAUAGGCGUGGUAUGUUUUGUCGUUAUCCUGUGGGUCUGUAUUAUUGCGGGAGGUGUGAGGAGUACCGUCGUCUUCAACUACCUCGACCUCUUGUACGGUUUAAGCACAAUUAAACUGGGUACCAGUGUUGUGAAGUACCUGCCGCAGUUGUACCUCAACUACAAACGGAAGUGCACGAUUGGGUGGAACAUCUGUAAUGUUCUGCUCGACUUCACGGGUGGCACUCUCAGCAUUUUGCAGCAGGUGAUCGAUAGCGCGGUAACGGGCAACUGGGUGGGCAUGACAGGCAACCCCGUGAAGUUUGCACUCGGCUCCGUCAGCCUAUUGUACGACAUUGUUUUCUUUGUGCAGCACUUUGUGCUGUACGCCGAGAACAACAGGAGGCGUGCCUUGCCGGAACACGGCGCGGUGCAGGAAGUAUUCCCACCGGCAGGCGAAGACAAGAAUGAACGACCCAAUGUGUGA